CCUUAGUAAUAUCUACAACAAUUAACACCAAUUUUCCGGUGAGAAAGCAGUAGAGAGAAGAGAAAAAAAGAAAAAGAGUGACAAUUUAAUUUCAAAUUCAUGGCUCCCACACUACAAGCAUCAUCAAUUCAGCCAGCGGAAGUUCAAACCAGUUUUACUCCAAACAAAGUAUCAAAUGAUUUCUGCAACAAAGUUGAAAACUUAGCAAGCAGCACUGAUCACAUUCAGUUGAUUCCGCAAGAAGAACAGAAAGAAAAUAUCAAACCCCUCCAGACCCUCCAAGAUGAAAAGAAAUGUGAUGAAAUCCAAACACCUCCAGACGAACCAAACGAGUCCAGCAGCAGAGUUGAGACUUUAUCAAGCAGUGGUAUUGAAUUCAUUCCCAAGGAAUACAUCCGUCCCGAAGAAGAACGGAAGAGUAUUAGUGAUGUAUUGGGAGAUUAUGAAAAGAAAUGCGACAUGGGGCCUCAAAUUCCUGUUAUAGAUUUAAAAAAUAUGCAUUCCGAGGAUAAAAUCGUGAGGGAGAAAUGCGUAGAGGAGUUGAAGAUAGCCUCAGUUGAAUGGGGAGUCAUGCAUCUGGUUAACCAUGGAAUUUCUUUGGAUCUUCUUAAUCGCGUUAAGGACGCUGGUAAGGCAUUUUUUGAUCUUCCUAUAAAAGAAAAAGAAGUUUAUGCUAAUGACCAGGCCUCGGGUAAAAUCUCUGGGUAUGGUAGUAAGCUCGCGAAUAAUGCUAGCGGGCAGCUUGAAUGGGAGGAUUAUUUCUUUCAUCUUGUUUUCCCGGAAGAUAAGCGGGAUAUGUCAGAUUGGCCUAAGACGCCUAGUGAUUAUAUCGAGGUGACAAGCGAAUACGCAAAGCAACUUCGCGUACUUGCAACGAAGAUUUUCUCGAUGCUCUCGCUUGGUCUAGGACUCGAAGAAGGCAGAUUCGAAAAGGAAGUGGGUGGAUUGGAAGAACUAUUGAUGCAGUUGAAGAUAAACUACUACCCAAAAUGCCCACAACCAGAACUUGCCUUAGGGGUUGAAGCUCAUACAGAUAUCAGUGCACUGACUUUCAUUAUUCACAACAUGGUUCCUGGUUUGCAAGUUUUCUAUGAAGAAAAAUGGGUAACCGCAAAAUGCGUACCGGAUUCGAUAAUCUUACACAUCGGCGACACCUUAGAAAUACUCAGCAAUGGUAAGUACAAAAGCAUACUUCACAGGGGACUUGUAAACAAGGAGAAAGUUCGGAUUUCUUGGGCUGUUUUUUGUGAACCACCUAAAGAUAAGAUUGUUCUACAACCAUUGCCUGAACUUGUUACUGAUUCGGAACCAGCAUUGUUUACUCCUCGUACUUUUGCUCAGCAUAUUCAGCAUAAGCUCUUCAAGAAGACCCAAGAAGCUUUGCUCACCACCCCCCAAAAGUAAUCAAGUCUGAAGUCUGGUUAAUUGCUUAUUAAUAAUCAGUUGAUUAUAUGUAUUCAUAUAAUAAUAAUUCUUAUUAUCUUUGUUUCAACUGGUAAUAUUUUCAUAAUGAAAUUGGAUUUGUUUGUGUUCAUUUAUCAA